UUUUCUUCUCUUUUAUCGCUCAAUGCCAGAGAUAGAAGAAAAACCGCAAACCCACAACGAAACGCCUCCUGUCAGACGACCCCCUAAUCCAAGAUCCGCCUCAUCCUCUGUCUCUGUCGUGAGCACCGAUGACGAGGAGCCUGUUUUAAUUGAUGACGGCGUACCUGCCCAUAUUCCACUAGAAGCCUUGGCAGGCCCAGCACUUGUUUUACCCAAGACAACCGACCUCGAUGGCCGUACACUACGCGAGGAUUUCGAUUGGGCAGGCAAAGACGAAGACGAAGAGGCCGAGAAGAAGGAAGAUGAAAAGAAAAAGGGCGCACUUCUUACGAGUGGCCUCUUUAUCUGUAUCUCAAACAAUUCAGCACCUAUUGCAUGGACCUGUACCGUCCUUUUUGCAGCCAUGUUUAUUGCUGUAGAUGUUGCUAUCUUUGUCGUGUAUCACAACCGAGAUCAAAUCACAAUGACUUCGUACGGUCUACAGCUCUGGUUUACUUGGUUAGCCUUUGUCUGGUGCAUCGCUUGUAUCUCUCAGGUGUUUGUAGAGGUCGUACCAUGGACAAUUAAGAAAGUAGUAGAUUCUAUUCGGCCACAAUCAACAGAGGUGCUAAAGAUGCGACUUUCUUACUAUAUGGCACUACGUACCUACAUCAAGCUACUCUUGAUCUCUUCUUGGGCUUGGGGUGCCUGGGCAUUUAUCCAAGACCGUAUUGCAUUGCCUUAUGUUGGUACUGAUGCAAAUGGUAUAGAUCAGUAUGCCAGUAAACCUUCUUAUGUGCAUACUUUUUAUAGUAUCUGGGAAGCUUGCUUUUUCGCCGCUUUAUUUUUGUUUAUUGAAAAGUUUAUUCUUCAGCUGAUCGUUACAUCUUUUCACAAAAAGGCAUAUGAGGAUAGAAUUAAAGAAAAUGACAAAGGACUUCGUAUCCUGGACAGACUCAAAAAGAUGAAGCGCAAAAAUCCUCAAGAAAUACUAUUCAAACGUAUCCGUCGAAAGCCCAAGACACCGGGCACAAGUGGUACUGGGACCCCCGUACGAUCACACUCGAUGGAUGAAGGUGUACCAAACAAGUCGAUCAUGUCCAACCAACACGAAUUCUCGGAUCAAAAGUCAAAUGUCAAAUUUCCUCCUUCACAAAACAUGGAUACCUUGAUUGCUAUUCCACCUAUCGAGGACCGAUACAGUCGUUCAGAUGAUGAGAAGCAAGACCUGAGAAGCGAACUGGAGCUUGAGAAGCCCUCAAAGAACAAAAAGUCACUCUUUCAAAAACUGAAGCGACAAAACAAGGAACAGGAUCAAGUGUCUACUGCAACAACUCCUAGCAGUGACGAGUACCGUCCUACACCUAUUUCUAGAGAAAAUACAUGGUUUUCUCGUACAAGUCAUGAUGGUUUCUUUAGCGCCACCAAAGAUUUUGGUAUUAGCACUUCGCAAAUCCCUGGUAAAUUGCUAAAAGGUGGUUAUCAAAAAUUUGUAUCACAAACGAAACGAGAUGGUGUACCUGCUCAAAAUUCGACACAGCAGGCCAAGGCCUUGGCUAAAAAGAUAUACAACAACAUCAUUGGUGCUGAUGCAAACCGUGACUACAUUGUUGAAUCGGACCUGUAUCCAUUUUUUAGUACUGUCGAGGAAGCGUCUGAGGCGUUUCAGCUGUUUGAUAGAGAUGGAAACGGAGAUAUCAGCAAAAGGGAACUCAGAUCGGGCUGCAUUCGAAUUUACAAGGAACGCAAAAAUCUGAGUCGAUCCAUGCGUGACCUGUCUCAGGCAACGGGUAAAUUGGAUAUUAUCCUUGUUAUUGUCUUUACCAUUGUCUGGGUCAUCAUUGUCUGCGCAGCAUUUGGUGUUAAUGUCGGCACAGAUCUGAUGCCACUUUGGAGUGCCUUUGUUGCAGCUAGUUUUAUUUUUGGUACCUCUGCAAAGGAUGCAUUUGAAGCCAUCAUUUUUGUUUUCAUCACGCAUCCAUUUGAUGUAGGCGAUCGUGUAUUGAUUGGUACAGAAAGUUGGAUGGUUCAUGAAGUUGGAUUACUAGUGACUACUUUUCUUAAAUGGGAUGGCUCAGUUGUCUAUGCUAAAAAUUCAGUUUUAUCCACUCAGUAUAUCAUCAACGUCAGAAGAUCUGGUAGAACAGGCGAAACGAACGAACUUCAAAUUCAUUUCAAUACACCUACAUGGAAGAUAAAGAAGCUUAUAUCUCACAUGCAAGAAUGGUGUAACCAAUUCCCCAAACAUUAUUCACCCAACUCUGCCUCUUGUAACAUUCUGUCCUUUCAGAAUCAAAACUUGAUUAGUUUAUCAUUUUACUUUGAACAUGCUCAAAAUUGGCAAGACCCUGGCGGCCGUUGGCUGCGUCAUAACAAUUUCAUGUUUGAGUUGAAGGAAGAAUGUGAACGUCUAGGCAUUGAAUAUACCUUACCUACCCAGCCACUGGAAAACAGAACAUUGGAUGCACCACUUGAAUCAUACAAUAUGGGAUCAAAGUCCGCUUAUGGGCUAGAAGGUAUGAAGCAACGUAGACCCUAUAAUACAAACGAUGAGGAUGAAACAAGAGAUCCUGGUGGAGGUGUUGGUUCGAGUGGUACUGGUGCUAAUCACGGUCAGCCAGACGCAGGUGCAAUGGCAGGUGCAGCUUCUACACUCAUGUUUGCUGCCAACAUGUAAACCAUAUACCAUACACCUAUUUAUAAUAUGCAUAUGUAUAAUUUUAUUAUAUUCACAAAAAAAAAAAGAAUAAUGUAAUUAAUAAGUACAUCCUUUGUCUAAUAUACAAACGUAUUAAUUUGUGAUAAUGGUUAAUUUCCCCCUUUGUAUUGCCUGCACAAAGGCUUCUUCCAUAUCUAAUUCGCCUUCCAGAGGCAUAUUCUUUCCAGUUGUUUCAUCUUUAUAGCACAUUUUGACUUCGAAUCCAAUACGU